UAAAAUAAGAAGAGAAUGUUUAGACAGUGAAGGAUUUCGGAUUUCCUCUCCUCUCCUCUCCACGGCUUCUUCUUCCCUUUCUCUUCCUUCUCUCUUAUAAUCCUCUUCAUUUCCUCACUUGCAGAAAACAACGGGCAGAGAGAAGGUGAAGAAAUUAUACCUGGAAAAGCAUAUUUAAAUCAAAACAAUGGAGGAAACAAAAAAUCAACAAGAAAAUGUCUCUAUAGAAUUUUUCCCUUCUCCUUCAGCAUCUUUAGAUUCAAGCAAUGGAAACUCAGAAGCAUUGGAUGGUGUGAGAGCAACAAUCGACCCUCUAAACACCAACAAUGGCCUUAAUACUGCUCAUCAAGAUUUAUCAACCAACAAGCAUGGUUACUGGAGCCAAUCAUCAGAACCAGAAUUACCCGAUUCUUCGACAAAACUCAUUGAUCCGAACAGGUCCCUUAUCGACACAGCAGCACCGUUUCAAUCUCCACAGCUCUCUCCGGCGAAAUCCCGAGCAGCCUCCUCCCGUGCUUUCUCCGCGCCCAGCCGCUCGCUGGUCCAGCGCCCUUGCACGCCUCACGCCUCUUUCUCGCACCACGUUCACCUCCGGCCCGUCUCCGGCCAGCCUCCGUGUGCAACACCACCGUGCGCCUACUGUUCCCGUGAGCACCUCCGGCUCACACAGCCCAGCACGAUCACCUCUGCGUGUCCUGCUCUUCGCCAACCUCACGCCUCCAGCGAUCUCACCUCUACACGAAUUAUAGCACUUCCGUCGAUCCUUGCUUCAUCUAGAUCGGAUCUUCUUGGCUCCAAGAACUUCGUUCUUCCAUGUGGAUCUCCGAGGAACAAGAACUUUGAGCUAGAGCUUGAGAAGGCAGAGCAAGAAGUGCCUCUUUACUUAAAACAAGUUGAAGAAGCUGAAGAUGCGAAGUCAAGGGUGCUUCAAGAGCUUGAAAUGACUAAGAAGCAAUUAGAAGAGCUGAAACUUGAACUUGAGAAGGCUCAGAUUGAGGAGUCUCAGGCACAACAGGACUCUGAAUUGGCCCAACUCCGUGUGAAAGAGAUUGAACAAGGAAUUAGCGAUGAGGACAGUGUGGCAGCCAAGGAACUGGUUCAAGUAGCAAGAAAUAGGUACUUGGAAGCAGAUAAUGAGCUGAAAUCUUUGGAAGCUGUGCUUAGUACAUUGAGGAGAGAAUGUGAUCAGUUGAUCAAAGAAAAGGAUGUUGCUGCUAAGAAAGCUGAGGAGGCUGUACUGGCCUCAAAAGAGGUUGAGAAAACAGUUGACAAGCUCACAAUUGAGCUCAUAAGUGCAAAGGAGGCGGUCGAGUCGGCAAAUGCAUCACAUCUCAAAGCAGAAGAGCAAAGGCUCGAUGCAGUAAUGGAAAGGGAGCAGGAGACUCACAAUUGGGAGAAGCAGAUGAAGCAAUCGCAGGAGAAGCUGCAUUCUCUAGAAGAAAAGCUUUCUGUUGUGAAUGAUCUUAAGCUGAAGUUGGAUUCCGAAUCUACUCUUCUGAGCUCUCUGAAAUGGGAGCUGGCUGCAUAUGUGCCAACAAAACUCAGCCAGGAAGCUGAAAUUGUUCAAGAGGAGAAGCAAAAGUUAGCGCAGCCAGAAACUGAAGAAGCAGUACUAACGGCAGCAAAGAAUGAACUUGAAGAAGUGAAGGCUAGCAUUCAGAAGGCGAAGGAUGAAGUAAAUUGCCUGAGAAUUGCAGCAUAUUCACUCAAGUCUGAACUGGAAAAAGAAACUAGCAGCUUGGCUUCCCUUAAGGAAAAGGAAAAGAUGUCAGUUAUGACAAUUUCUUCUCUUCAAGCCAACUUGGAAAUGAACCAAGAUGAACAGGAGGAAGUUCACGCGAAGCAGAAGACAUCCCAUGAAGAGAUGAGAGAUUUACCAUAUGAGCUGUUAGACAAAACUGAGGAAGCCGAUCAGGCCAAAUCCAAAGCUAAUUCUGCAAGCCAAGAACUAAUCAGAGCCACGGAAGAGCUAGAGCUAGCUAAGACUAGCGCAAGCACAAUGGAGCUCAGGCUUCAAGCAGUAUUGAAAGAGAUUGAAGCUGCCAAGUCCUCUGAAAAAUUGUCACUUGAUGCAAUCAAAGCUGUGCAGGAGAGUGAGCAGGUUUCCUACGAAGAUGUAAUGACCAUUCAUCUUGAAGAAUAUUAUGCCCUUAGCAAGAGAGCUAAUGAGGCUGAGAGGUUUGCAAAUGAGAUGGUGAUCGCGGCGGUGGACCUGAUUAAGGAUGCCAAAAAAACAGAAUCAAUGAGCAGAGAAAAGUUGGAAGCUUCUUAUAAGGAGAUCAAAGAGAGGAAGGAGGCAUUGAGAGAUGCGACUGAAAAGGCUGAGAAGGCUAUAAAAGGGAAGCUGAACAUGGAGCAGGAACUGAGAGAAUGGAGAACUGAGAAUGAGCAGCGAAGGAAGGCCAAUGAAGCUUCUGCUUCUUCUAAAGACCAGUCUAUGAGCGUACGCCACUACUGGAAGAGCUUUGAUGACAGCAGAGACAUAAACGGCUCAGAUCCAGCUUCAAUUGCUCUUCGUGUAAACUCAACUCCAAAUCCGAACAGAUGUUAUUCAGUCAGUGAAGUGGAUGCUUCUGUGACUGAGGAGAGACCAAGAAGGAAAAAAUCAUUCUUCCCACGAAUAAUCAUGUUCUUGGCCAGGAAGAGAGCUCAGUCUUUGAAACUGAAUUGUUAUGCUCCUUGGAACAGAAAACUGUGAAAGUUUGCUGUGUUUUUCCUGUUCCUCGAAAGGUUUUUUAUAUGUUAAGUUCAGUUCAUUCAAAAGAACGGAAGAACACAUUCUGAAA